AUGACGUCUCCGGGAGGACGCUACGGCGCGGCCGCGUCGCCGCGCUCGAGCUUCGUGCUGCUGGAGAGCGACGAGCAGCUGUCGCCGGGCCGCCCCGCGCCCGUGCGCGCGCCGCAGUCGCUGCACUCGUUGCGCCGGCUGUACCCUCCAGCGUCGUCCAACGACGGCGACGGCACGCGCAGCGAAGGCGGCGACGAGCGCUCCACCCGCCGCCGCCGCCUGGACUCCAUCAGCGACCUGUUCCCCAUGACGGGGGCCGGCGUGUUCACCAACCCAGCCAACAUCAUGCCCACGCGAGAGGCCUCGAUCCUCAUCGACACGGACGUGCAGCAGGCGGCGGCGGCGCAGGACGCGGCGCACCGACUCGGCAUGCAGCCGGCGGGCUCCUCGAUCCUGCACUCGGUCAUGGAGCAGAAGGCGGAAGGCCGCGGCAGCCGAGUGACCAGCACGACCGACGUGUCGGGUCGCAACGGGUCGUCCGAAGGGGACCCGCUCGCGCAGAACACGCCGAGCGAGAACACGCGCUCGCGCAGCAGCUUCCUGGACGGCAUCCAGCCCAUGGAGCCGGCGGAUCGCGGCGCGCGGUGGGCGCUGCGGCUGCGCAAGUGUUUCAAGUGUCAAUGUCGCCAUUUCCAUCAUUGGCGACCAAAGCAGAGACUCGUGUCGCUGUGGAGACGCAUGGUGCCCAAUUGGGACUCGCUGGUGCUUAAAGGAACGCUGGUUAUGGCCGUGUUGAGUGUGCCCGUGGCGGUGGUUGUUGCUGCGGUGCUGUCACAUGCAGCGCCUGAUAAAGUACACAUGGUUGCACGGUGUGCAGUGUCCGGGAGCAUGGAGAGCUACUCGGCAUCGACGGCCAAUGUGGCGGCAGUGCUAAUCCCAGCUAUGAACAACUUUGUGUUCUUGAUCGUCUCCUUCUGGCUCGGAAUGCUCUGCAGUCAGAGUCGAAAGCGGGUGUUGCGAAGCGCACCGUGCAGCAUCAGCUCGAAUCUGAAAUCUGCGUUCAUGCUUCCAUGCUACGAAGCAAUCUGGUACACCAUUUCGGCGUUGUCGGCUACGGGGCUGAUUCUGUACUUUGUCAGUUUUCAAGCGUACAAGAACGAUAGUGGCAAAACUUACAGCGCGUUGAAGCUGAAUGAUGACCCCAGUUACCCGUGCAGUAUCCCCACGGUGCCGUCUGUGUGGGUGCUGCAGUUACUGCCAAUGCUCAUGAUCCAGCGCAGCGUAUCCCAAGAAGCAGUGCGACGUGCAAUCUUCUACUCCGGCGGGGUAUGCAUUAUCUUUGUGAUAUGCAACAUGACCCUGUACAAGGUUGGGCACGAUAUCGCCGACAUCAUCACGAUGACCAUCCACGUGCUACUGCUUGUAUUCUACUUUUGGGCCAAGUUCGUUUUCCACGCUCGAGCUACUUUCGAUUUCUUCUUCGUCGCCGCUGUGACUACCUCAAUCACAAACAUCACAAGCUCUGUCAUGGGGCUCGCCCGCGUGGAUACGACCUCCACGCUCCCUAUUGUGCACUGUGUCGUCUUUGGAUUGGACGCGCUCAUCGUCGUAGCGGUUUUACUGUCACUUCGCGCCGACACCAGAUACUGGUUGGCCAUCGACGACAAUGGAUCGGGUGCGACGGCCUCGUCAAGUGCAAUGCGUCGCUACAUGAACUUGUUAUCGGAGCGCGGCAUGAUCACCAACUUCUCCACCCGUACGUCAGUGUACGACGUGCACCACAUGAUCGAGGAGCAUCGGCACAACGUUGUGGAUUUUUCCGCGCUGAAGCUGGACUGUAUUAUCGCUCAAGGCGCUACGUCAAUUGUCAUGCGCGGAACACUGCGAAGGAGUACCCCCGUGCCUAUCGCCCUCAAGAUUUACACCGAUGUGCAGGUGACGAACGAAGAAGUGCAGCGAUUUUCGCGAGAAACUGCAUUAAACGUGCAGUUGUCGCACCCUAAUGUUGUUCGUUUCUACGGCUUGUGCGUGGUGCCGCCGUCUAUCUCGCUCAUUUUUGAAUUCUGUGAGUACGGAGCUCUGGACGUGACGUUGCGCGAAAACCCCGAGAUUUGGACAAUGGCGGCUAAGCUGAAGGCGUGGCUGGAUGCGUGUCGUGCUGUUGCCUACUUGCACAGCUUCUCGCCUCCGCUCCUUCACCGUGACAUCAAGACGGACAACUUCCUAGUGGGUCAAGACUUCCUGAUUAAGCUUGCGGACUUCGGGGAAGCUAACUUGCUGCGACCACGGACCGACGGAACGAUGACUAUCGCUGGCACUGUCGACUACAUGGCCCCGGAGAUGAUCAAGGGCGGCAAGACAGCUCGCUACGGAACGGCAGUCGAUGUGUAUAGCCUGAUGAUCACACUGUGGCAGAUCAUGGUGCCUUCGCGUAGUCCGUGGGAGUCCAAGACUCACCUGGAAGUGUAUCGGUCGGUGGCAAACGGCGAGCGACCCCCACUAUUACCGAGCAUCCCGAAAGCUUGCGCGGAGGUCCUCGAAGCCGGCUGGUCCGCCAACCCAGGCGACCGCGUUGCUGUCGAGGAUAUUAUUCCCUCUGUCCAUCGUCUCUGGCUGCUGGCAAUGCACCAGAAGCCUCUGAAGCGCACGAAGCAUUGA